UCUACCUUGCAGUUCGCCACAAAGCUGGUAUCGACCGCAUUAGCCAAGAAGUGGUCCUAGAGAGUGGUUGCACGACAGAAAUCGCCACGCUCAAACUAUCGUUCAUAAUGCCGAGUAAAGACGCCUUGUGCUUCUUCCCUAAUCAAUCUUCUGCUUCAUCCCAGCAAGACCUAGAUGAUUUAGUUUCACAAAUUAAAGAAAAACUGAGAGUGAAAGCCAAGGCUCCAUCCCAUUCUAGUUGCACUGAGAAGAUACGGUUACGUGCUUCGCCGUACAGCAUUCCGUCGCGAGGCAGCAAGUGUGGCUGUUGUGACAGUCGACGGUGUUUGCACCGCUAUCCUAACCACGCCAGCAACGAUAAUGGAGACGAGGUCACCAAUUCAGGAAGAUUAACGAGCGUUCUUCACAACUCUAGUAACUCCCGAACAGUCACGGAUGACCCAUACGAAGCGCUACAGGAGCUGCUGCGAGAGGGUGACCUAAUUAAAGAAGCUGUGCGGCGUCUCAAUGAUCAUUAUUUCCGACCUAAAGAAAAGCCCAAUUCUGUUUUCUAUGAUAGUGAUGAAGAGAGAAUUCCAUAUCCUUUUAAUUUAGAAGUAUAGCGUUGUAAUUAUUUUUUUAGAAAUUGUGAAACCAAGCAUUCAGAAUCAACAUCGAGACAUCAGUUUAUUUGAAUUAUAGGCUAUGUCUAAAUUGUAUUUUUUUUUUGUUCAAACUGUUCUCUUGAAAAUCAAAACAUAGGUUUGCAUUUAUUAUUCCUAGUAUUUUUAUAAUGCAUAGAUAUUAUCUGAUGUAAUUAUGGGUGAAUUAAAAAUUUCAUUUUUUUCUUUUUUCAGUUAUGUACUUGUAACAUGCCUGCAGUUUUCUUCUAUUCUAUAAAACUGGAUUUAUCAAAUUAUAAUUGUUAAGCAGUUAUUUUGGAAAUUUAUAAAUUAUUCUGUUGAACAAACCAGAAUCAUUGUGUGAUCUGAACCUCCUAGCUGUCUUGUGAAAUUGUCAACUAGAUAGGCUUGGCUGUUCAAAUCCAAUUAUAGUUAAUUGAUAAAUUUAUCAUGUACUGUUCUUCUUUCUUUAGUGCUAAUAUGGUUUGAGCUGCAAUUUUUUCAAUAGACCGAUCUCAAUUUUCUAUAUAAUACUUCAACUCUUGUUCUAUUAAUCAAAGCUUUUAUGUUAAGUCUCUGAUGUACAAACUGUGCAGUUUAAAGGGUAAAUUAGUAUAAUUUUUUUUCAUCCCUGGAAACUGGAAAGAUCUUCUAUCAUCUGAUAUAAUUGUUGUAUUUUUUUUUUUGUUUCAACUUGUAUAUUCAACAUGUUUUCAUGCUUGAUGCUCAUGUCUAAAUAUUUAAUAUAAAUUCCAUAAGUUCUUACCAAUGUUCUAAGUUUAUUUUUGAGUCACCAAUGAAUUGUUAAUUUUCAUUUCCUUAAUUAUUCUUAAAUGUCCAUACUAGUUGUUUCUGCAAUGAAUCUUUUCUGAGUUUUGUCACUUAUUUCUUCUUGAAAAUGUGCAGCAAGUGUGAUGUUUGGUUUCAUUGAAGGUGUCCCUGAAAAAAUUUUGUUAGUGUCAUUGCCAAUGCUUGUUCUUGAUAAUCAGUAUAAAUUGAUCUUAUAACUGUAAAUUUUUAUAUUUAUCAUUUGCUUGGCAAUGACAACUAGUUAAGAACAUAUCUCAUCAACAGCUCUCUUUCUGUCAACUUCACAUGAUUGUUAUUGCAUUGUUUUACAAAAUUGUCUCAUUGUUUCCCGUCAUUUGCUAUGAAGAGUUAAAAUAAUCAACUGUUUUAUUUACAUUCUUUACUUAGUCAAAGCUAUUUCAUUGUUUUCCUUGGGAAUGAUUCUGAGAAUUUAUAAGGCUCUUUAAUUUAUGUGAUAAGGGUUUUAGCGAUAAUCAUCCUGCCAGUGUAAUAGUGAUUAUCAAAAUGUUUUAGUUUUGGAAAUAGAUUGCACAGGAUAUAGCAUGAAUUUUGUGGGUGAAAUUUUAGAGGAACUUUCUGUGUUUUGCAUUCAAUUGUAUUUCAACAGAUGGAAUUCAAAACUAGAUUAUUAAAUUGGACAUUAAUUUAUCAAAUGUAGGUAAAAUUCUCCUAUUAUCUUGUCUAAAAGGAAAGAAGUGCAUGAGUGAUGAUUAACAAUAUUUAAUUUCAAUAAUUUAUUGCUGGUUUUGCUUCACUGGGAUAAACUAAGGUGGUGAUUAUGUGCUAUUUGUUUCUACUUUAGAUUGUUUUUCAUGCAUACAUUGCAUUGUAGGAUCAAAGGUUGUGUAAGCUGUAUAACCAAUUUCAUGGUUUGUUACCACUCUCUCCAGUUGAAAAUAUGUCGGCAUGUUCUACAUCUCAAAUUCUCACUGUAAUAUUAAUGUAAAAGUUAUUGGUUGUGUACUUACGAACGGAGUUAGAGAUUUCCAUGUGAACAGACAUGUUGUAAGAAUACGUUAGCAUGUUUGUGCAUGUCACUGCCGCGUGUGUUAAUGCUGCGUAGGCGUAUGUCAUGUAGACGGAUUUGUUCCGAACUAGUACAAUGAAUUACCCUCUCAUGUGUUUAGCUGACCUUAGUGAACCUCAUAGCUUAAUAAACAUGAUUGUAAAUAUUUUUAUAAGUAAAGAAGAUUUUCCAAGA